GAUUUUCGCACACCGCCAAUCCGUAUAUAAGCUCUAUCAGCUGAUCACAACGACAUCACUCAGCGAUCAGCAGUCUUCAGUAAAGCACAUCCUCCCACUGCAAUCAUCUCUCCAACCAUGGCUUCCAAAUUCGUUCUGAUCGUCGCUUCUCUGGCUUGCGUCAGCGCUGGAUACAUCCCGAGCGACCACUCCCAUCUGUCCUACGGUGUGGCCCCGGCUGUGAGCUACUCCAACGUCAUCAAGAACGUUGCCCCCGUGCCAGUGCUGAGCAAGACCAUCCUUCCGGAGCCUCAGCUGUACCACGGAUACGCCCAGACUGCCCCGUCGGUUGUGGUCAGCAAGCCUCUGGCUCUUACCAACCCUCUGCCCGUGUCCUAUGCUGCCCCUCACUCUCUGUACCAGGCUCCGGCUCUCGAGUACACGAAGCCUCUGUCUUAUGGCCCAUAUGCCAAGACUGUGAUCGCUGCUGAGCCAACCUACGCCAAGACUGUGAUCGCUGCUGAGCCAACCUACGCCAAGACCAUCGUGUCGGAGCCCAUCUACACCAAGAACGUGUUCGCUGAGCCGAUCUACCCGGCCAAGACGCUGAUCGCUGAGCCCGUGUACGGCAAGAGCAUUCUCGCUCAGCCAGCUCCGAUCUACAGUGGAAAGGUCCUGUCUUAUGGCCCACAGGUCGCCUACGGAGGCUAUGGUGCUCAUGGCUGGUAAAUGUUUUGACUGUGACAAUGUAUGGGUUGGAUGCGUGAUAAGAGAUAUUUGUGAUAUGUGCAAGAAUAAACGUUUAUUUAUGUAACCUUAUGCA